AUGGAAAGGAAUCUUAAGAAUGUUUUGGUCAUUUCUUUCGGAUUUUUACUUCUCUUUACUGCUUACUCAGGACUCCAGAGCCUACAGAGCAGUCUCAAUGCAGAAGAAGGCCUGGGUGUUGCUUCCCUUAGUGUUCUGUAUGCUGCACUCACCUUAUCGUCCAUGUUCCUGCCUCCCAUCCUCAUCAAGAAGCUGGGCUGCAAGUGGACCAUCGCAGUCUCUAUGUGCUGCUACGUCGCCUACUCCUUAGGGAACUUCUAUGCUAGCUGGUACACACUUAUCCCUACCUCUAUGAUCCUGGGCUUAGGAGGAGCACCACUCUGGUCUGCCAAAUGCACUUACCUCACUAUUGCUGGCACUUUGUAUGCUGAGAAAGCAGGAAAAAGUGCUAAAGACAUUAUCAACCAAUACUUUGGGAUCUUCUUUCUGGUGUUUCAGACUUCCGGCGUCUGGGGAAAUCUUAUCUCAUCCUUGAUACUUAGCCAAUCUUCCAAUCAAGGGGAGAUCUCAGAAGAAGACCUGGAAUGCUGUGGAGCAUAUGACUGCCUGACUGAUACCACUAACAGCACUGGCUCAGAAAGACCCUCUGACUCCUUAAUCUACACACUGUUAGGGGUCUAUACUGGUAGUGGUGUGCUAGCCGUGUUGCUGGUUAUUAUAUUUCUGGACCAGAUCAAAUCUGACCAAGCAGAGACUGAGAAAGAAAAAACACCCUUUUGGUCUACGUUCCUAGCAACUUUGCGGCAUCUUAAAGAUAAAAGACAGUGUCUUCUAAUCCCUCUGACAAUGUACAGUGGGUUUGAACAGGCAUUUCUUAGUGGUGACUUCUCAAAGAGUUUUGUGACCUGUGCCCUGGGGAUACAGUAUGUUGGCUAUAUGAUGAUCUGCUUUGCAGGUAUAAAUUCCCUCUGCUCUCUGCUCUUUGGAAGGAUCUCCCAGUUCACGGGUAGAAAACUUCUAUUUGCAUUAGCUGCAGUUCUGAACACAAGCUGUUUAAUAACAGUACUGCUCUGGAAACCUGAUCCCAAGCAGCUUGCUGUGUUUUUUGUAAUCCCUGGUCUUUGGGGUGUAUCUGAUGCUGUUUGGCAAACACAAACUAAUGCACUUUAUGGCAUUUUAUUUGAGAAAAACAAGGAGGCUGCCUUUGCAAAUUACCGUCUCUGGGAAUCAGUUGGAUUUGUCAUCGCCUUCGCUUACAGCACCAAACUGCGAGUCUACAUCAAAGCCUCCAUUGUUCUGUCUGUGCUUGUGCUGUCCAUGCUGACCUACGGAGCAGUGGAGUACCUCGAGGCUAAGAGCUCCCCUGGGACACCUGCUGCUACAAAGAAGGAAAAUGGGGGACCCCACUCCCAGGAAACACACAUGUAA